AUGGAUGAAAAAUACAUUCGAUUUUUCCACUUACUCAAAUUUUUUUGUUGCAUUCAGGAUGCGUCUCCUUCAGAUUUAGUGGCGCUGCCCUGUGAGAGCAGCCCAGAGGACUGCGGCAGUAGCUCCGGGGAUGUGAUGGUCCACUCCUCAUCGGGCAGGGGGAGUAACUCACGAUGGUCCACUCUGUCCUGGGACGCCCCUUCUGACCUGCUCUCCCCCCCGACCCCAGACCCCAGUGGUACGAUCCACCUGGAUAGUGACUCUAGGCCUAGUUCAGGUUUCUACUCGGUGAGCGGGAGCUCUCUGUCGGACUCCUGCUACUCAGUGUCCAGCGAGGCUGCCCACGGAGGCCCGGCGCCACCUGCCAGGCCCCUGAAGCAGUGGGAGCAGGUUCCCGAAUCUGCCGACCACACUGACACCCUGUGGUCAGAGGGAGCAGCGCAGAUGCAGCCGCCCGCCCCAGAAAACAUCCAGGAGGACGCCGAGCCCAGAGAGAAGUCACCGGUUCCAGUCCCAAGUGACCUAGAUCCCACUGGACUUGGCUUCCUCUCUGAUUUUUGCUCAGGAUUCAGCGACUCCCUGAUUUCCUCCAUUGCCCUUCUUCUUAACCCCACUCCACCCCCUUCCUCCUUUCAUUCAAAACCCCAGCUGGACCCUCGCUUCUGCACCGACCUUGUGUCCCGCCGGACCAAAGAGGUGUAUUCCUACCCCAGCCCGCUGCACGCCGUUGCCCUCCAGAGCCCCCUCUUUACCCCGCAGAACCAGGAGUCGCCCCCCUCGACGAACCCCGAUGGAGCCCAGGACGAUGAACUUGUCGAGCCGAACGCUGACCCGGCUGUGCCUCUCGAUCCUCAGCAGCCUUCCGCACUGACCUCCGUCACCCAUUUGGAGCAGUACAUAACACGGCUGGCCCGCCAGUUCCAAAGCCGCGUAAGCGCCUCCACCUCCGAUCUAUCGUCGGCUGCAAACUCCGGCCAAGUCACGUCCAGGGGACUCUGUACUCCUGGGAAGGGUCACGGUUCCACCCAGUCCCUGUCGGCCUUUGAGAGCCGCAGCACGCCCUCCGCCCUGCUGGGGGGCAGCGUCACUCCCUCUAAGUCAAUGUUGGGGAACUCGGCCAGAGUCAGCCUCAGCACCACGGGGAAAAAAGGCACCAGGAAUUCAAUCAACCUGGGAAACCUUCCCUCUGCGACCGGGGAAGACUUAAACAUAAAUCUGCAUCUUAACCUCAACUUUAAUCUGACCCCUGGCUCAAACUCCAGCCGGGGGGUGGCAGACAAUCCUAAAAAUGGCAGUGGCGGUGCUCUGAAAGCCGACUUUGCUGCUGCAUCUUCCAACGCCUCGGCCUCUUCGCUCUCUUCCUCUACGCCCACCCCAGCGCUGAGGUCCCGCUCUCGCAUUUCCACCUGCCCGAGCAGCCUGUGCCACCGCAGCUCCCUGGAGGUGCCGUCUGGCCCCGGGGCCGGCUCUGGAUUUGGCUCGUCUGCCUUCUGUCGCUCGUUAGACUGGAGCAGCGGCGCGCCGGCUGAGGCUGGCUCGUCGGUUUUCGGUACCGGCGCCGGAUCGGCUCCCGGGUCUCAGAGAAGCAGCUUAAUCCAAGAGUCCGGCAGCAGUAACAAAAUAAGCGAGGACUCCCCCAUGGUGGGGGAAAUCUCCCGUCUCUCUGGCCUCUCAAGGGCCGUCGUGGUUGGACUGAUGGAGCAGGGUGUGGAGCUGGACAUCGACUGCUUCCAAACGGACUCUGCGGGCGAGGUGAGGGGCCACAGCAAAACCCACCUGGCGGCUCAGAAAGAUCAGUCGCAUGACUACGCCAGGCUGACAGAGGGCAAUCCCCAGAGACCAAUACAGCUCUCCCUCAGUGUCACCCAUUCUCCCCAGUCCCAGUCCAGCCUCACCCCUCCCCGCUCACACACCAGCAGCCCCAUCCACCCCUACCAGUCCAUCCACGUCCCGUCCCACUACUCCUCACACUACCACUACCAGCACGCCGCUUCCCCCUCGGAGCUUCCCUCCUCCACGGCCUCCUCCCCCGCUUCGCACCCCACCGCAAGGGCCCACUCCCCCCCGCGCCCCCUCCAGCCGUCCCCUUUAGGCGCCACGCCCCUCUCGGUUUUCCGACGGGAUUCGCCCUUUCAGUGCUCGCUGCCCCACUCGAACAGCAGGGCCUCCCCGAUGGAGCACGGAGGCCUCCAGCCGAGAGGGGGGUCUCUUCGGCAGAGUGGGGGUGAGGGCGGUGCCAACAGGUGGAAGAGGGCGGAGGGCGAGGGGCUUUACAGGGGGAAACAUGCCUCCCACAAGCUGGUCCGGGCGGCCACCGUUAGCAUCUACGCGAAGAGGGAGGACUACAGUUCAGUCUGGGCCGAAGAGGAGGAGAGGGAGCCGCCAGCGGCCCAGACCCCCAGGAGGUCCACCGGCAAGCUCUGGAGGGGCUUCGAGGGACGGCGCUGGGGCAAAGAGCCCCAGAGCGAAAAGGAGGAGACGGACAGAGCCGAGUACGGCUACGGCUGGAGGAGGAACAGCGUCGGGAGCUGGAGACGGGAGCACCAAAGGGCCAAGGCCUCAUCCGGAUGUAGUGACAAGAAGCCAAAAGUGGACCACUCCCCCGUCUUCUCCAAGAAGAGAGGCAAAGAGGACGGGGAGAGACGCAGCUCCAGCCUCAGGCUCUCCAGGAGGGCUCUGUUCAGGAGCGAGUCCCAGGGCCUGCUGGUGCCUCGCAACCACGGCGACGAGCCCAGGAAGCGGGCCCACUGGGUGUCCUCCUUAGACGUUGGCCACGGGGCGAUGGGCAUGGGCAAAGACGGAGGGAUGAGACUGCUGAGAGCCAGGGAGGAGGACAAGCGCCUGUCUUCCACCGCCAGCCUCUUCAACCUGUCUCGAUCUCAGAGCCUUGAGGGAAGCUGCCAGUCCCUCUCACCGCUGUCCUCCCCGUCUUUUUCUCCUUCCCCUCCUCCCCAGAGGACCCUCCAGCGCUCUCGAUCGCUGAGGGAUUUGGGGAGGAAAAUGUUCGGCUCCAUGAGGUCCCUGAGCCUCAAGCGGAAACCCCCCAAAAAGUGA